CUCGUUCGUGGGAGAUACAUUUGCACCCGGCCAACACACCAUUAAGAAUAAUACAAUCCUCCGUCUGGACCGAGCAACAGGACAUAUCCUGGACAGUUUUGGGGCUGACAGGUUCUAUAUGCCCCACGGCCUAACCGUAGAUCAUGCCGGUAACUUGUGGGUGACAGACGUCGGCCUCCAUCAGGUGAUGAUGUUCCCCAAAGGCAGCCAUGAGCCGUCAGACAUCGUCUUGGGCGAGGCUGGGAUCCCCGGAAGUGAUGACGACCAUUUCUGCAAACCGACAGAUGUCGCUGUAGCGUCUAACGGCGAUUUCUUUGUCUCUGACGGAUACUGCAACGGAAGAAUCAUGAAAUUUUCCAAGAAGGGACAUCUCUUAAAACAGUGGGGCAAAAAAUCCAGCGAUG